AAUAUCAUAUCUAUUGUCCACAUAUUAUCAGAAAGAGGAUGAACAAGAAGAGUCUCAGGCGGUAAAGCUCAACUUUCUCUCUAAAAUUGGGAAGAAUUCCAUCAAUGGUGAGGUCUUAAGGAAGGUAGACGACGAUUCUAUUGCUUAGUUAGCCAUGGUUGUUCCUGAGCCCCUUAUCUAUUCCUCUGCAUCGACUUGUAUUUCAAGAGCUUCUUACAUCUCCACCAAUCCCUGCGCAAAUUUUCUCCCAUCCCGCUCCCCCCAUUUUACUUCAUGGACGCUCUUUUCACUUCCACAGCACCGUCGACGGCGCCCAAAGAGUUUCCUUGCUUUCUAUACCCAACUUGGUCUUACAGAUUCUGCUUCCUCUUCGACAUUGACACCCCUAGCCGCUACAGGUACUACCAACAAACCCACCAAGCUGUCUUCCCGAGGAGGAGGAGGAAGAAGGGUAAAGUCAGAUAUUGAGCUCGAUUCUAUAUCCGUUCUUAACGAGAGGAUACUUCGCGAUCAAUCACGACGCCAGAGAGAUGAUGGGUCUUCCAAGUCCCUUUUGGAUGCAGAUGAAGCUGAGAGGUAUAUUCAGCUCGUGAGGAAGCAACAACAAAAGGGAUUGCACAAACUGAAGCAGAGUAGAGGAGACCAAAGUAAUGGCGAUGGAAGUAGUUUCAGCUAUAAGGUUGACCCGUAUACACUUCAUGCUGGGGAUUAUGUUGUGCAUAAGAAGGUUGGCAUUGGGCGUUUUGUUGGUAUUAAGUUUGACAACUCCAAAAACUCCACAGAGCCUAUUGAAUAUGUCUUCAUUGAGUAUGCAGAUGGAAUGGCCAAGCUCCCUCUUAAGCAAGCUUGUCGUCUUCUCUAUCGAUAUAAUCUUCCGAAUGAAAGUAAGAAGCCACAAACCUUGAGCAAAUUAAAUGACACUACUGCAUGGGAGCGCAGAAGGAUAAAAGGUAAGAUUGCAGUUCAAAAAAUGGUUGUUGACCUUAUGGAGUUGUAUCUACAUCGGCUAAAACUAAAAAGGCCUCCAUACCCAAAGAGUCUUGCCAUGGAUGAAUUUGCAGCUCAGUUUCCAUAUAAACCCACUCCAGAUCAAAUGCAGGCUUUUACAGAUGUUCACAAAGAUUUGACUGAAAGAGAAGCUCCAAUGGACAGAUUAGUUUGUGGAGAUGUUGGUUUUGGUAAAACUGAAGUUGCAUUACGUGCUAUUUUCUGUGCUGUCUCAGCUGGAAAGCAAGCUAUGGUGUUAGCACCAACGAUCGUUCUAGCCAAGCAACAUUAUGAUGUAGUAAGAGAGCGGUUUUCCAAUCACCCUUCCAUUAAGAUUGGACUCUUGAGCAGGUUCCAGACCAAAGCAGAAAAGGAGGAGUAUAUUUCCAUGAUUAAAGAUGGCAACCUUGAUAUUAUUGUUGGGACUCACUCACUCUUGGGCAGCCGUGUUGUUUACAGUAAUCUGGGACUUCUUGUUGUUGAUGAAGAGCAGAGGUUUGGUGUCAAACAGAAGGAGAGGAUUGCUUCCUUUAAAACUUCUGUAGAUGUUCUCACGCUGUCUGCAACACCUAUACCAAGAACCCUUUAUUUAGCUUUGACUGGGUUUCGAGAUGCAAGUCUAAUUAUGACACCACCUCCUGAGAGGGUUCCUAUUAGAACACAUCUGUCUGUUCAUAGCAAAGAAAAUGUCUUAUCAGCGAUCGGAUAUGAGCUCAACCGUGGAGGACAGGUCUUCUAUGUUUUACCUAGAAUAAAAGGACUUGAAGAAGUGAUGGAUUUUCUUGAACAAUCAUUUCCAGAUGUUGAAAUUGCAAUAGCUCAUGGGAAGCAAUACUCGAAGCUACUUGAAGGAACCAUGGAAAGGUUUGCUUUGGGUGAGAUCAAGAUUCUUAUAUGCACUAACAUAGUGGAAAGUGGUCUGGAUAUCCAAAAUGCGAACACAAUCAUAAUUCAGGAUGUUCAACAGUUUGGACUUGCACAGCUGUAUCAGUUGCGUGGAAGAGUGGGACGAGCUGACAAGGAGGCUCAUGCUUAUCUGUUUUACCCUGAGAAAUCACUUCUUACUGAUCAAGCGCUCGAAAGGCUCGCAGCUCUUGAAGAAUGUCACGACCUUGGUCAAGGAUUCCAACUUGCAGAAAGAGAUAUGGCCAUUAGGGGAUUUGGCAAUAUUUUUGGUGAGCAACAAACAGGGGAUGUUGGAAAUGUAGGCAUAGAUCUCUUCUUUGAAAUGCUUUUCGAGAGCUUGUCAAAGGUUGAAGAACAUCGGAUUAUUUCUGUUCCUUAUGAAUCAGUUCAGGUUGAUUUGAACAUACACCCUCAUCUCUCUUCAGACUACAUAAACUAUUUGGAAAAUCCCAUGGAGAUAAUUAAUGAAGCAGAAAAGGCUGCAAUAAAGGAUAUGUGGAGUUUGGUACAAUUCACCGAGAACUUCCGUAGUCAAUAUGGAAAAGAACCAUAUGCCAUGGAAAUUUUGUUGAAAAAACUUUAUGUGAGACGCAUGGCUGCAGAUCUAGGAAUUACCGAGAUAUAUACUGCUGGCAAGAUGGUUGGUAUGAAAACGAAUAUGAGUAAACAGGUAUUCAAACUGAUAAUAGACUCGAUGACAUCUGAGUUACACAAGACUUCUUUGCACUUUGAGGAAGGUCAAAUCAAGGCAUAUCUUCUUCUUGAACUUCCCAGAGAACAGUUGCUGAAUUGGAUCUUCCAGUGCAUGGUAGAACUACAUGCUACACUACCAGCACUUAUAAAGUAUUAAAUCCAUAGAUAUAUAGCAAGCGAUCUACUUACACUUCAGUUGGUCGACAUUUUUCAAUAGCAACGCCAACAAGAUUUUGUGUGCUUAUUAUCAUGGGAAAAGUUUCCUUGGUGCUGUUGUAUUGGCUGCAGUACUGAAUGUUUAGUUGACAGGAUUGUACCUAAAUGAGAGAGUGCUUACUCAUGAAGAUGAGAACUGAAAAAAAAAAACUCAUGGUACACAUACAUAUGGCUCAAUGGGGUCUAAUAUUUUGAAGUUUAGAAUAUUUAAGACAUUUUUCUUCAAUUUGUUAAAUUCUAUGAAACAGUUGCUGUAUUUUUGGCCUUUUUUUUGCUGGAUGGUAUGUUGUAAGUAAAGAGUUGCAGAAUAGGAUGUACUACAUACAGUUAAUGUUCUUAAUUU